UCUUCAGACCUAGAACGGACGGACCGAAUACGGGGGUUUAACUGGGUCUAAGCGGGUUUUACAGGUGUCUGAGCGGGUUUAACCGGGUCUCUAAAGUGUUGUAGGGUUGUAUUUGGUUCGCCAUGUUCGGGGAGAAAGCGCUGGAGCUGGUUCGGGAGCUGCACCGAAUGAGUGACGGACAAUUGCCCGCGUUUAACGAGGACGGAGUGCGGCAGGUGCUGCAGGAGAUGGAGGCGCUGUUUGAGCAGAACCAGGCUGACGUGAACGAAGCAAAGGUGGAGGGUCGCUCAGAGCUCAUCCCAUCAAUCAAACUGCGCCACUGCUGCCUGCUCCGGAACCAACGUUGUCUCACUGCCUAUCUAUACGACCGUCUGCUGAGGAUCCGAGCCCUGCGUUGGGAGUACGGCUCAGUGCUGCCCCCAAAUAUCCGCUUCCACAUGUCUGCAGAAGAGUUGCAGUGGUUCUCUCAGUAUAAAAAGUCUUUGGCCACGUUCAUGAAGAGUUUGGGAAACGGAGAAGGACUCGACAUCACCCAGGACACCAAGCCCCCCAAGAGCCUCUACAUACAGGUGCGGUGUGUGAAGGAUCACGGUGAACUGGAAAUUGACGAUGGAACAGUGAUUCUGCUGAAGAGGAACAGCCAACACUUCCUGCCUCGGUGGAAAUGUGAGCAGCUGAUUCGUCAGGGCGUCCUGGAGCAUGUCGUCUCUUAAACUCUGUCUCUUUUGUCUUGUUUAUUUUUAAAUAAUUAAUAAAUAAAAGUCUGGAGUUUGGCC